AUGACUCGAAAUAACCUCUCAGGCCACCUCACCUGGUUGUUGAAGAACGCUGCGUUAUCAAAGCCCACCGCACCCCAGUUUCCACAAACCAGCGAUACAGCAUCGUUUCAUUUCUCGCAAUCGCAGUCUACAAACGGCGGUCGUGCGGCAGAUUUUAGUCAAGCAACCACCUUAUCAGCUGGAGCAGACAGACGGAUACACCAGGCUCAGGAAUCUGGGAGCUCAAAUGGCCCGCCAAAGAGAGAAGAGGUUUCACAAGAUACAGAAGUGGCGGUAUUAGAGGACGACAGCAUGGGUCGUCUGAGUUUAUCUACCAAGUCGAAAAAGCCUUUACUACUGUCGCAAAAUGGCCCUCUUGCAACGCCUUCGUCAGCAGAUAGCCGAUCCAAACAGAUUUUAGCUGAGUCUAUUAAGACUAGUGGCCCAUCACGACAGAAUCCAUCUCCCGGACUAGACGCUGAUUUUGCAGACUUCGACGUUGACGAUUUGGAGUACAUGGAUCUCACCAGAACAACUGGCGCAUCUGACGAAUCUGAAGAGUUUGGUGAUGAUGUCAAAGUUUGGACGGAAAAGGAUGCAUCUUGGAAGGCACCGCUGCCUAAAUCUAGAAAGAGGAAGAGUGCCGACACUGGUGAUGUUGACACUGCUGCUGAUAGCCAGUUUCCCGAUGUUUAUCAGCUUCUGGGAACUGAUCCUCCCGCCCCGACUCCUGGUCGACAUUCUGCAAACAAAGUUAGUUCCCCCGAUUUGGCAAACCUUCAACAAGUAGAAGAAAUGAUCGUUACUAAACUAUCCAAGGGUGCGCAGAAAGCAUCCUCGAAGAUGUCUUUGGCCGGGUCUUCAUCUCCCUUGGGACGAGUCGCUAUUCGCAGAGCACCAUCUCCUAUCAAACAGACUCCAGAAAAAGACUAUGCCAUUACUAGCUCUGAAAGACGUAAGAAGGUGAAAGUUGCCGGCCAUCGGUCUGCGUCCCCGGAUUCUUUGAAUUUGGAUGAGGAUGCCCAUCGACCCGAGCAACGCCAAGUCGACGAAUUCUUCAUUCCUGAUUCUGACGAUGAAUUCGUUACACCACCGUCGCGCACGACUACUUCGAAGAAACAACCAGCGGAGCCUUUGUUCGAUCCGCAGGAUGAGGACGCUUUCAUCAUGGACGUCGAAGAUCAGUCGUUUGCGCCAUCCAGCCAAACACCAAAACUCUUAUCCCACAUUUUGGAAAAUCCGCAAUUUCUCACAAAAAGAUGCGGAUACUUGGACGGCCAAAUUCAGAAGAAUGAGCGGGAUUUUAUGCAAGCUAUCAAUGACAGAUUGCCCAAAGACAAGAGAAAUGAGAUCAAGGCAGAGAAGGAACGACUCGUCCAACAACAAAAGGUGACCAAGGAUCUCAAUGAAUCAGUGGAACGCUACAAGACUCUAUGUGAGCAACGAGAAGCAGUUGCUCAGCAGAUAGCCCGAUCAUAUUCCAAUGGUUUAGAUACAGAUGAAGAUGAAGCACGACUAGAUGAGCUUACUGAGCGCGUCGAGGCAACAGAACGGGAGCUUUUUCAAAUGAUUGUUGCAGCAGGCCUUGAUGAAGCCAGUCUUUUGGAACCUCUAGAAGGCCGAGCCCCGAAUCGGAGAGAUGACCAUAUCGUUGUGCUCGGAACUCAGGCUGGCCAUGGAGGCAUGGUCAACAUGUCACGGAGCUCAAGAGAUGUCCCAGUGCCUAUGGGAGGCACCCAAGUCGUCCAUCAAACGCAGCUUCCUGAACCGAUCCGAUCACAACUCUGGAAUGAGCCUAUUUCGACACAGCAAUUGACAGGCGGAAGCGGUGUCCUCUCCCAGGAGGACCAAGACUCACGGUCCAGGCCGUUUCCACGACACUCAUCACAUGCUGCUCAAUUUCCCGAGUACGCCUCAGCAUCUGCUCCAAGAGCAGGGCCACGUCCUCCCACGAAUCGUGAUCUAGAUGCUGAGGAAGAUUUCUUUUCUGAUAUUGACGAUAUGGAGAUGCAACUGUUACCUAAACCUGCUAAGAAGACCACUCAGUUUGAGGCACGCAAAACACCCCAGAGGAAUCGCAUCCAGCGCUCAGGAAAUGAAUUUAGCGAUUUCAGCGAUGAUGCUGAUAUGCUUGCAUUUGCUCAAGAUUACGAGGUGCGCCAAACUGCUGGCGAACCUUCGCUGGACUCUCGACGGGCUUUUUCCGAAACAUCUGGAAAUGUUGCGCCCGCGCCAAAGCAGAGACAAUCCACUAAAAGACAGCCACCUCCCGAUCCAUCUCAGACAAGGAUACCAGCGGAGCUCAUGAGGCAUCCUUGGUCUGCGGACGUACAGAAGACUUUGAAAGAUCGAUUUAGGAUGAAAGGAUUCCGUCAGAACCAACUAGAAGCUAUCAACGCCACGCUCGCAGGUGAUGACGCCUUUGUCUUGAUGCCAACAGGUGGUGGGAAAUCUCUCUGCUACCAACUUCCGGCUGUCGUUAAAUCUGGCAGAACAAGAGGUGUCACCAUCGUUGUAUCUCCCCUACUGAGCUUAAUGCAAGACCAAGUCGAUCAUAUGAAGGCCUUGGGAAUACAGGCAGUUGCAUUCAACAGCGAAUGCUCUCCAGAAUACAAGCGGCAAGUCAUGUCUGCUUUUAACGAACGCAAUCCGGAGCAUUUCAUUGAGCUCCUCUACGUCACGCCUGAAAUGGCAAGCAAAAGCCCUCAGUUCAUGAAUGCUUUGCAGAGCUUGUACCGGAGUAGAAAAUUUGCCCGUAUUGUCAUUGACGAGGCUCACUGCGUCAGCCAGUGGGGGCAUGAUUUCCGACCUGAUUACAAGACUCUGGGGCAGCUUCGGUCCAAAUUUCCUGAGGUUCCGGUCAUGGCCUUAACCGCUACUGCCACUCAGAACGUCAUUGUCGAUAUUAAACACAAUCUUGGAAUGAACAACUGCCAAGUCUUUUCGCAAAGCUUCAACCGUCCAAACCUGUACUACGAGGUCCGGCCCAAAUCUUCCAACCCGGUUGUGACCCAGCAAAUCGCCGCUCUAAUCAACUCCAAAUACCCAAAUGUUACUGGGAUUGUUUAUACAAUCUCACGGAAACAAGCCGAAGAUGUUGCCCAGAAGCUCUCUGACAAUGGUAUAACAGCCCGUCAUUACCAUGCUGCAAUUACACCCACGGAAAAGGUGGAAGUACAAACAGCGUGGCAGAAGGGCCAAGUCAAGGUUGUAGUGGCUACCAUUGCUUUCGGUAUGGGGAUUGAUAAGCCGGACGUGAGAUAUGUUAUUCACCAUGGCAUCCCGAAGAGCUUAGAAGGCUACUAUCAGGAAACCGGACGUGCAGGGCGAGACGGGAAACCUUCCGACUGUAUUCUGUUUUAUGGCAAAGCGGACAUAAGAGUCCUCAAAAAACUGAUUAUGGACGGGGACGGCAGCAAGGAUCAAAAAGAAAGACAAAUGGCAAUGCUGAACCGCGUGACAGCAUUUUGUGAUAAUAAAGCAGAUUGUCGACGAACCGAAGUUCUACGCUAUUUUGGAGAGGACUUUACUCCGUCGCAAUGCCACAAGACUUGCGACAAUUGUCAGGCCGGGCUUGUUUUUGAGCAGCAGGACUUCUCUGAAUACGCCAUUGCAGCCAUACGAAUUGUGCAACAGCAGCACAGACUAACGGCAAACCAGUGCGCAGAUAUUCUGAUUGGUAGAAAGUACCCAGACAAUCAAGACCAAAACUCAGAUGAGUAUCACGGCAUGGCCAAGGGAAUGAAGAAGCACGAGAUGGUGCGCGUUAUUGACCGCCUCUCAGCUGAGAAGGGCUUCCACGAAGACAAUAUUGUUGGGAAUCAUGGAGUCGCCAUUCAAUAUCUCCGAAUCGGACCUGCCGCCAACCAAUUUUUGACGGGGAGACGGAAGCUCAUGUUGACGGUGCAGGUUUCGGACAGUGGUGAUGCAAAUCAGACGAAGAUCAAGAAAACAAAAACCAACAGAAAGCAAAAAGAGCCAGCGAAUAAUGUGCAAUCCACAUAUGUUUCGUCACCCAUCAAUACACGCAGGAAAAGGGCAACAGUUGUUGAUAGUGACGACGAUGACGACUCGAACUUGCCCACCACAUCACACGGCUAUGUGAAUGAUGGUUUUGUUAUCUCAGAUGAAGAGUUGGAGGAUGAAGCUGAAGAAGAUAUGGCCGAUGAAGAGGCCUUCGAACCACUUCCUCAGCAUCGACCGGCAAAACCUACCACCUCGAAAUCUAGUCACAAGAAGACACAGCGGCCAGAGCCGAUCCCAAGCAAACGCAGGCUGCAAGAUUUGCCAGAUAUCCACCAAGAUGUGGUGGAUGCUUUUGUCCAAGAAGCACGCCAACUGGAAGAGCGAAUUCGGAAUAGGCUUGGCCUCAGGCGCCCAAUGUUUACGGACACUCACCUGCAAGAAAUGGCCAUUAACUGGACCACCUCUAUCGACAGAAUGAGUCGUAUUCCAGGCAUCGACGUCGACAGAGUUCAGGAGGUUGGCCCAAAGCUGAUACAAAUGUUGAACGUGUAUCAUAAAUCGUAUCGUGAGAUUGCUGGCGCGGAUGCGGGUGCUGCUUCUGCCUCAACGUCCAACUUGGAUCAAGAAAUAGUGGACUUGAUUAGUUCUGACCUCGAUAUCGAUGAGGAUGAAGAGGAGUCCAUGGGAGGUGGAGAAGACUCCCAUUACUUUGCUUCCAAGCCAUCGGCUGAUGUGCAAGCCUUCCACGAUAGGCUGCAAAGUUUGAACGACCAACCGAGUCAAUCUAGAGGCAGAUCUUCCUACAGCCGGGGGGGAGGCAGCAGGAGAUUCUCUGGUAAAAAAUGGUCCAAGAGAGGUGGUGCCGCUGGAGGUUCUCAGCGUCGGGGCGGUAGUGCCGGCAGGAGAGGUGGAGGUUCUUCAAGCGGUGCCGGUCCAUCGUCUCGAUCUGGUGCAAGUAGCAGCAACGGAUUCAGGCGUGACGGCAGAAUCGCCAAGAAGAGUGGGGGAGGUAUCGGAUUGAUGCCUCUAUGAUGAAUUCAUUAUUGAUAAGCGGCUUGUGAUUCCCAAUUUUUGGCCAGUGCGGUUGUUUUUGUUUGUUGUUCGGAACGAGAUAUGAGACGUAAUGAAGGCGCCUUCCUCAGUCCCUGUUUUAUGUCAUGGUGUUGGGCGGCGAAAGUCAGUACAUUCACGAGCUUUGGCGUUGGUGUUUUAAGCAUUUACAUUACCCCUUUGAAGCGAACUAGAAAAAAGCAAAGAGGAGAGGGGAGGGGAGAUAGAGCCUGUGGGAUAGAGGUGAUGUUGGUAGAUGUCAUGGAAUGUUUGCAUGUGUAUAUACCUAUAUAUACACCAGAGUAGCCUGAUUCAUGAUUAUGGCGGCAUUGCAACACUUGGAGAAAGCAAGAUGGGCAAGCCGUGAAUAAAAACGUUA